AUGGCACCGAACGCUGGAAGUAACACGAUGUCGUUCCAAGCCGACGAACAAAAUCAAAUCGAUCAGGAUUCUUCUUCGGAAGAGAAGCAAUUCGAGAAGGAAGAUGAUAUCGAUAGUCCUGUGGAUCGAACUUCCGAUAAAUCGACCGUUUCCUUGUGUUUCACCAAUGUACCUCUCAAAUUCAACUUGUUGCAGUUGUUGUUCUUAGUCAAGUAUUAUAUCAAAAGGACCUACAUAGCAGUAUGGCACGAACUUUCGAUGGAUCCACGUGUAAGAUCGAGCCCAUACGCAGACCCGCCGGAAAACGAAGUAAAAGUGUCGUUCAGCGACGCCGUAACGAUUAGAAGACGACGUAUAUUUUUCAUUAUCAUUCACCUUAUGGCAUUGCUGGGAUUGUACUACUGCGUCAUCGGUCGUGUCAGAGUUUACACGAUUUUAUGGGGUAAAAAAACCAAACCAUUACGCGAAUGUCCAAGUUUACUCUUAGGUGCGUUUUCGUCGAUCGGAGUAACGGCCGGUGCUCAUCGACUCUGGUCUCAUCAUUCGUUCAAAGCUACUUGGCAGCUUCGUACGAUUUUGAUGCUUUUCCAAACGCUCGGCGUACAAUACAGCGUUUACAACUGGGCCAGAGAUCAUCGUUUGCAUCACAAGCAUACCGAUACCGAUGCCGAUCCGCAUAACUCGAAUCGCGGAUUCUUCUUUUCGCAUAUCGGUUGGAGCGUCGUGCUGCCUCAUCCGGACGUCGAAAAUAAAAUCAAAACUAUCGACAUGAAAGAUAUGGAACAAGACCAAGUCGCUAUGUUUCAAUUCAAAUAUUACGUUCCAUUGUCGCUCUUAGUGGCAUACAUUAUACCCACCGUGGUUCCUUGGUAUUUCUGGGGUGAGAGUUUGUGGAUCUCUCAUCUAGUGGCUGCUCAACUCAGACAUGUGAUUACAUUACACGGCACGUUCUUAAUUAACAGUGCUGCUCAUAUGUGGGGAACAAAACCUUACGAUAAAAACAUUAACCCGACUGAAAACAUGUUCGUAUCAGCUGCAUCGUUCGGUGACGGAUGGCACAACUAUCACCACGUGUUCCCGUGGGACUACCGAAACUCCGAAUUAUGGGACUACAAAUUGAACAUCUCAACCGCAUUCGUCGAUCUGUUCGCAUUGAUCGGCUGGGCUUACGAUUUGAAAACCGUACCAUCCGAUAUAGUCAGCAAACGCGUAAAACGUACCGGAGACGGUACCCAUCACGUUUGGGGCUGGAACGAUAAAGACUUGCCGGCCGAAGACAGAGAAUUAGCUGAGGUGCUAAAUAAACGUCAUGAAGAUUAA